ACCGAGUCCUAGCUCAAGAUGUCGAGCAAACGUAUCUACAUUGGCAAAAUGCCGCGCGACGCGAUGAAACAAGAUAUCGAAAAGUUUUUCGAGGGAUAUGGUCGGAUCCAGGACAUCAGGAUCAUGAAUGGCUUUGGUUUUGUCGAAUUUGAGAAUCCGAAGGACGCAGAGGAUGUUGUCGCGAACUUUCAGGGGAAAAACUUGCUCGGAGAACCCAUCAUUAUCGAGCUUGCUAAGGAAUCGAGGCGCGAAAGGGGUGGUGGGUUCGAGGAGCGCGGACCUCGUCCGUUCACGAGGAGGCCUGGGUACAGGGUCUUAAUCCACGGCGUUUCGCGGGACACCAGCUGGCAGGACCUGAAGGACUUCGGACGCGAAGCUGGUGCAGUCACCUUCUCCGACCUCGACAGGGAAAAUCCGGGCGAAGGCAUCUUGGAGUAUCUGACGCCCGACGACUUGGAGAACGCUCUGAGGCUGCUGAACAACAGGGAGCUCCGUGGAGUGACCGUUCGUGUCUCUCGUGGCGAGGGCGGACUUGGGGGUUCUGGCGUGGACUACAGUCGCGACAAGGAGUUCAGGCGCGACCGGUCCCGCUCUCCAGGCAGGCGUGGUGGCGACUCUUUCGACCGUCGUCCUCCCCCACCCCGGAGGGACUACGAAGAUCGCCCGCGGUUCGAUGAUCGCGAGCGCCGGGACGCAGGCAGGGAUCGGUAUAACGAGCCUCCUACUCGUGGUGAAGACCGGUAUGCGGACAGGCCCCCGAGGCACGAUGACAGGCCCCGGUACGACGAUCGGGAAAGACGCGACGCUCCCAGGAACGGAGAAGCUCGUGGAGGCUAUGAGGACCGCCCGAGAUACGAAGAUCGCCCCAGGUUUGAGGACCGCCCUCCCCGUGGUGGAUAUCCCGAGGACGACAGGCCAAGGCGCGAUGACAGGGACAGGCGCGACUACGGACGGGAUGCUCCUCCUGCCCCUGCCUAAUUUCCUCUCUGGUGAAUGUGGCUGAGGGUUAGAUAUCAGCUGCGUCUGAAGUUGGCGUCUCCGCGUUGCCUCUGCGUAAGAAAGGUAAGGGCUAUGAGAACCGGCAUGGCUUUCUUGGUGUUGCGCCGUUGGUCCUGCUGGUAUUCUGGUCUCCUCUUCCAAAUUCGAACCAACUCUGGUUGGUUAUCCGUAUGUGAUCCCCCUUCCUCUCACUCAGUUCUUGUUUUCUCGCUCGAAAUUCACCGUUUCCUUGCGCGCCGGGUCGGCGAACUGCAAAAGUACAGCCUCCGACAUGCGAUCCCUUUCUUGCUCAGUAAAGCCUAGCAUCGUAGUAGUUCUGAAUACAAGUCCC